AGGAUGAUUUGAAGAAUUUUACAAUUGAAUAUGAGAAGCAAAGAAUUAAAUGGAAGAUAGAGAAGCAUGCUAUUCAAAAGUUUUAGAUUUUUAUGACAUGGAACGAAAAGGAUAAAUAGGAGUUGAAGAUAUGCUUUAAGAAGAUAUAUAUGCAACCUCUAAAAAAUGCUGGUAUCUAAAUUUGGAUGUUAACUGGAGAUAAAGUAGAAACAGCUUAAUGUAUAGCAAUUUCAGCUGGUUUGAAAAGUCCUACUUAAGAAAUGUUUGUGAUAAAGGACUUUGA